AUGCAGUUGCUGCAGGACACCCUCGAGGAGUUCUCUUCCCUUGAAGAACUGCUGUACAGCACCCCCGCCCCCGGCCCCGGCCCCGGCCCCGGCCCCGGCCCGGCCCCAGGACCUGCCUCCUGCCAUUGCGCCAAGGAUGAGUUUUUCUAUAGCUUCCUGAAGCCGUGGUUAGGGGAUGGACUUUUGCUCAGCAAAGGGAACAAGUGGAGCCGGCACCGACGCCUGCUCACGCCCGCCUUCCACUUCGACAUCCUGAAGCCCUACAUGAAGAUCUUCAACCAGUGCACGGACAUCAUGCACGCUAAAUGGCGGCGGCAUCUGGCAGAAGGCUCGGUGGCCUCCUUUGACAUGUUUGAGCACGUCAGCCUCCUGACCCUGGACAGCCUUCAGAAAUGUGUGUUCAGUUACAACAGUGACUGCCAGGAGAGAAUGAGCGAUUACAUCUCUUCCAUCAUCGAACUGAGCGCUCUGGUGGUGAGACGCCAGUACCGCCUGCAUCACUAUCUGGAUUUCAUCUACUACCUCACGGCCGACGGGCGGCGCUUCCGUCAGGCCUGCGACACCGUGCACAAGUUCACCACUGAAGUCAUCCAGGAGCGGCGGCGGGCGCUGCGCCAGCAGGGUGCCGAGGCGUGGCUGAAGGCCAAGCAAGGCAAAACCUUGGACUUCAUAGAUGUGCUGCUGCUGGCCAAGGAUGAAGAGGGAAAGGAAUUGUCUGAUGAGGACAUCCGAGCUGAGGCAGACACGUUCAUGUUUGAAGGUCACGACACAACAUCUAGUGGGCUGUCGUGGGCGCUGUUCAACCUGGCGAAGUAUCCCGAGUACCAGGAGAAGUGCCGGGAAGAGAUCCAAGAAGUCAUGAAGGGCCGGGAGCUGGAAGAGCUGGACUGGGAUGACCUGACUCAGCUGCCCUUCACCACCAUGUGCAUCAAGGAGAGCCUCCGACAGUUCCCACCCGUGACGCUCAUCUCUCGCCGAUGCACCGAGGACAUCAAGCUGCCAGAUGGGCGCAUCAUUCCCAAAGGUAUUAUCUGCUUGCUCAGCAUCUAUGGGACGCACUACAACCCCUUAGUGUGGCCUGACUCUAAGGUGUACAAUCCUUAUCGCUUUGACCCAGACACCCCACAGCAGCGCUCCCCGCUGGCCUACGUACCUUUCUCAGCAGGUCCCAGGAACUGCAUUGGGCAGAGCUUUGCCAUGGCAGAGAUGCGAGUGGUCGUGGCGCUUACACUGCUGCGCUUCCGCCUGAGCGUGGACCGAACGCGCAAGGUGCGGCGGAAGCCGGAGCUCAUUCUGCGCACGGAGAACGGCAUCUGGCUCAACGUGGAGCCUCUGCCCCCGCGGCCUGAAGGCGCCAGGCCCUGCGGAUCCCCGGGUUCAGGCUCCGCCCACUCAGGCCUAGACCACGCCUCCAAGGGCCUGGGUGCCCCUCCAAGAUCCUGAAGGCGUAGACCACGCUCCUUGAAAGUACAAGAAGGAUAAAGCUUUGUGGAGGAGCAUCUUGUUGGUGCCGACCACGCCCCUCAGGACAAGGCCCAGCCCCUUGGGAUCUGAUUCCACCCCUUGAGGUCAAAGUCCCGCCUUAAAUUAACCUCACAGCCCUUCAGCCUGUGGGAGUCAGAUUAGGCCCCGCCCCCUAGGGCUU